CGGCCAGCUUCAGGACAGUAUUGUGGUCGACUCCCUCCCCGUCCAUUCGUCUUCCUCAUCUAGCGACCCGUCUAAUUCGAGAGGAAUUGUUCCUUUCAUCAUGUCAUUGUCUCUUCCCGGACCUUCCCAGGCCGGUCUUUUCAAGCCUGGGUACCAAAGUCAUGACGCAGAAGAUGGUGCUGUCAUCCGUAACAUCGAAGCCUGCCAGGCUAUCUCCCAGACCGUCCAAACAUCGCUUGGUCCAUAUGGCCGCAACAAGAUCGUCAUCAACCACCUGCAGAAGAUGAUUCUCACCUCAGAUGCGGCUGUAAUCCUGCGGGAGCUGGAUGUGGUCCACCCUGCAGCUAAGCUGCUGGUGAUGGCGAGUCAACAGCAGGACGCGGAGAUGGGUGACGGAACUAAUCUCGUUAUCGUUUUGGCGGGAGAACUGCUGAAGAAGGCGGAAGAAUUGCUACGACUAGGUUUGAAGACGAGCGAUAUUACUCAGGGUUAUGAGAAGGCACAGAACUUUGCUCUUAAAGUACUAGAAGAUCUCGAGGUGGAUCGCUUGAAGGACCUGCGCUCCCAGACCGAACUCACCAAGGCCCUUCGCACAGUCGUCGCCAGUAAGCAGUCUGGAACCGAGGAGCUCCUGGCUUCCCUCGUCGCAGAGGCGGUUCUCGCCGUCCUGCCCAAGAACCCUGUCAACUUCAACGUCGACAAUGUCCGCGUAGUAAAGAUUAUGGGAGGCAGUCUGGAACAAUCACGCGUGGUGAAAGGAAUGGUCUUCGGCCGUGAACCCGAAGGUACAGUGAAGAAAGCCCACAAGGCCAAGGUCGGUGUCUUCAGCUGCCCCAUCGACAUCUCCCAAACCGAAACCAAGGGCACCGUGCUCCUCAAGAACGCACAGGAGAUGCUCGACUUCACUAAGGGCGAAGAAGAUCGUCUCGAAUCCACCAUCAAGGAACUCUACGACUCCGGUCUCCGCGUUGUCGUCGCCGGCGCUGCCGUCGGUGACCUCGCCCUGCACUACCUCAACCGCUUCAAUAUCCUUGUGAUCAAGAUUCUCUCCAAGUACGAGCUUCGGCGACUGUGUCGCGUUGUUGGCGCCACCCCUCUCGCCCGCCUAGGCGCCCCCAUGCCCGACGAAAUGGGUUCCGUUGACAUUGUUGAGACAACUGAGAUCGGCGGCGACCGUGUCACCGUCUUCCGCCAGGAAGAUUCCACCGCUGUCACCCGCACCUCCACCAUCGUCCUCCGCGGCGCCACCCAGAAUCAUCUCGAUGACGUUGAGCGCGCCAUUGAUGACGGUGUCAACGCUGUCAAGGCCAUUACCAAGGACGCGCGUCUCGUGCCCGGCGCUGGAGCUACGGAAGUCCAGCUUGUCGAGCGCAUCUCCGCCUUCGCCGACCGAACCCCCGGUCUCCCGCAACAUGCUAUCCGCAAGUACGCCGAAGCCUUCGAGGUGAUCCCUCGCACGCUCGCCGAAUCCGCCGGUUUAGAUGCCACAGAGGUUCUCUCGCGCCUAUACACCGCUCACCACCGCACCACCAAGAACGCCGCCGCCACUGCCACCACUGCCGACGACGCCGAAUCUUCCUCCGAUGAAGAUGAAGAGGAAGAUGAGGAAGAGGAGGAGGAUGGACAGGAAGAGGAAGAGGGCAGCUCCGAAGCUGAUGAAGAACCCUACUGGACUACCGGUGUUGAUCUCGAGGCGACCUCGUCCGCUGGUACCCUCGACGCCGUGGAAGAAGGUAUCCUUGACCUGCUUGCCUCCAAGAGCUGGGCUAUUCGUCUAGCCAGUGAGGCUGCCCGGACCGUUCUCAGUGUGGAUCAGAUCAUCGUUGCUCGACAGGCUGGUGGGCCCAAGCCCCCUGGUCCUAACCCCAACUGGGAUGAGGAUUAGUUCUUUACACCAUAAUUUAUCACUACUACUACUACUACUACUACUACUACUUUUACUACUUCUACCUCUUCUUCCUCCUCCUCUUUCUUCUUUCGUUGGAAAAAAAAAAUAAUCAAAACCCUAGCAUAUUCUUUUUAUCUUUUCCGCUCCGUGUUGGGGUGAAGCAGUGGAGCGGUCUAAAAUGUGAGCCUGUGAUAGAAAGAAAGAUACGAGAUCAUGAAAAGUCUAUU